AUGUGUAAAGAAAUUGAUAGUGAUUCAGGAACAAGAGAAUCGAUUUCAUCAAGGACAACUAAGUCUACUACAACAUACUCACUUCCAAGCCCCGAAGAACCACCAAAACAGAUAAUCGACCAAAUAAGAUUACCUGAUCAUACAACAGGAUUAGGAGGAGAUCCCUAUAAGAUCACUCUACAGAAUGAUUUAGGUGAUUUAGACAUUUCAGAUCUCUCAGGAAAAUGA